AUGCUGUUCCGGGUUAGUUUCAAAGACGAAACUUUUACCGUCGUCGAUGAACCUGGAGAUACGAGAAAUGAUGAGAUUGGUGAUGGUAUCAGUGACGAUAUAUUGAAUGAGAAGGUAGGAGGUGAUGGUAUCAGUGACGAUAUAGUGAACGAGAAGGUAGGAGGGCCGCUGCCGCCAAUGAAGAAGGUUACUUCGGUUCUGCAGGAGUCUGGGCAGCCAGAUUAUGUAAUGGAUAAUGAGGCGGUACACGAGGAAUCGAAUGAAUCAGAUAUAGAUCUAGAGCUAGAACUCGAAAGCGAAAUCGCUGCUGAACUACACGUUGAAAAGGCUACGGAGCUUGAGGUCCACGAUGAUGCUGAUACUGCCGAGGAGCUUGUCGGCUAUGGACCUGGGAAUCCUGAUAAGGGUGUAAAGCGAUUGUCAUAUGUUUGUGUCCUCAAACAAUCAAAGCUCGGGAUUAUCUUAGGUCCGCGCGACCACCUACGUGAAAAACGUGUAUGCGGACCUUACCAAGGCGUGAGGAAUCGUAUCGAUAUACUCGCCACUGCUGUACGAUCGGCGAAUAACCUCAUCUCUUUCCAUGCUGUAGCUAUGUGCGAUGGGAGUCAGUAG